AUGAUGAAUCUGCCUUCGCUCAAUCAUACCCAGCUUGCCCCGGAUGCAUCUCGGGACCAGGUGACUACCGCACCUGCAGCAGAUCCCGAGAAGCCUAGCCUACCGAGCCCAGAUGCGAAGGAGUUGCAAGAAAGGACGACAGACCUUACUGACAGUGAAGCGGCUGGUGUCAAGAAGGCCGAAGCGGCAGCACUAGUUUGGAGCAAAUCUGCUCUGUGGGGAAUAUAUGCCUGGAUUUGGGUGUGCUUCUUCAUGCUAGCAUUCCAUUCGGCAAUUGGCAACAAUGUGCUUGUCAAUGCGUACGCCAAUUUUAAGACUGCCCCUGAAAUCUCAACCGCCUCCAUCCUAGCCACAGUUGUCGGUGGUGUGAUGAAGCUCCCUAUCGCAAAGAUACUGAAUAUCUGGGGCCGAGCGGAGGGGAUGCUGGUAUUUACCGGUCUUUUCCUGUUGGGUAUUAUUGUGCUCGCAUCUUGUACCGGGCCGAGUGGCUACGCGGCGGGAUACGUGAUGUACUGGGUUGGAUACAAUGCAAUCUACCUGAUUCUCGAUGUCUUCCUUGCCGACACCUCGGGUCUGCGGAACCGGGCAUUUGCAUUUGCAUUCUCGAAUACACCGUUUAUCUGUACCUCGUUUACGGGCCCAUUGGCCGCCCAGUCCUUCUUGAGUAUGACAACAUGGCGCUGGGCGUACGGCGCAUUUGCGAUCAUCUUUCCCUUUGUCUUCCUGCCCCUCGCGCUCGUUUUUAAGUUCUACGAACGAAAGGCACAAAAGAUGGGCCUAUAUCAGAAAACACACAACGAUCGUACCUGGAUCCAAUCGAUUAAGCAUUACAUUCAUGAGUUCGACGUAAUUGGUGCGGUCUUGUUAAUGGCAACAUUUAUCCUGCUCCUUCUCCCCUUCAGCCUUACCACCUACGGACGCGCACAAUACAAAUCGGCCACAUUUAUCGCUAUGCUAGUCAUUGGGUUUUGCCUUUUCUUUGUCUUUGUUGCGUGGGAGCGGUUCUUCGCUCGCAAGCAAUUCAUCCGAUACGACCUGCUCAAGCAGCGGACGGUUCUCGGUGCCUGCAUACUUUCCGCGCUACUUAAUCUUGGCUAUAUGGCCUGGGAUCUCUACUUUCUCAAUUUCUGCAUGGUAGUCUACAACCUCAGCGUCUCGAAUGGAGGGUAUAUGAACCAGAUAUACAAUGUGGGGUCCUGCUUCUGGGCCCCGCUGUUCGGGAUCUAUAUCCGACAAACGAGACAUUUCAAAAAUGCGUGUCUUUACUUCGGCCUCCCUUUGAUGCUACUUGGCUCCGGAUUAAUGAUCCAUUUCCGCGGGGAGCACGACAACAUAGGCUAUAUUGUCAUGUGUCAGAUCUUUAUCGCAUUUGCUGGAGGCACAUUAGUUAUUGGGCAAGACAUGGCAGUAAUGAGCGCCGCUGAUCACGACGGCGUCCCAAUGAUGCUUUCGAUCCUAGGGCUUUUCGCCAGUUUAGGUGGCGCGGCGGGCAGCGCCAUCGCGUCUGCAGUUUACACCAACGUCUUUCCCAAAAGACUCCAGGACGGAUUACCCCUAGACGCUAAGGGUGACUGGGCUGACAUCUAUCUCGGCGGCUAUCUCACUCAGAUGACAUAUCCCAUGGGGUCGGAAGUGCGCACUGCCAUCAACAAUGCGUGGGGUGACAGCCAGAAGUACAGUUGCAUAGCCACUACCGCUGUUAUUGCGCUGGGCUUCCCAUGUAUUGCCGUGUGGAAGAAUUUGAAUGUGGACCAGAAGCAGAAUAAGGGUGUGAUGCUUUAG